AUGUCCAACAAACUCCCAACUAUAUCCGUAACUGCCGACAAACAUUCUGCGCAAUCCGAUUUAUCAUCCUCAUCGUCCUCCCACGACACCGACAGCAAUGACAUGGACUACGGUCGCGAUGGCGCCGGCGGCGUGACCGAUGUGGAAGAUUUUGACAGUCAGGCGGAGGUUUUGAAGCCCAACUCCCGGCGUGGCUCGGGAUCCGUAAAACUAAAAGCCGAAACCAAAUCCAAUACAGGCGAAAACGAUGUGACCGAUGUGGAGGACUACGAUACAGAAUCUGAGGAUGAGGAGAAGAGCACGGCCUACCCUGAAUUAAAGUUGUCGCUGAGGGAGUUCCUUCAGCAGGGUUUGCAUAAUCAAGAAGCCAUCGACAACGAUGCCAAGGAGAGUUGUGAAAUAAAAGCUGGAGAUUUCGUGCAAGCACAAAACCUUAAUGGCUUGGCCGACUAUCUGACUGACUGCGAGGACUACGACACCGACUCCGAAGUAGAACAUGGCUACGAGAAAUCCGUGUGUGUGGAUUUGGACCACGCUGUUGGCGAUCAGGGGCGCGUUAACAUAGCCGAUGGAGAAAAGAACCAGGAUGACUCGGAUCAAUACGAGGACGUGUCCGUGAUAAGCGACAUCAGUGACCUGGCCUCGGCUAUGUCCGAAUGCACCGGCGUAGGAAUUCGAGGAAUGUCCGAGGAUGAGGUCCUGGAGGUGUCCGACAGCGGACAUGAAGAGGUUUGCCAGAUCGCCUGCUCGGGCAGCGAGUCGGAGCCCGAGGGUGCCGCCGGCUGGAGCCAUAGCGUAAGUGAGUCCAGUUUUCCAGCUAUAGAUGUGGCCUUUGUCAGCGCCAGUGGCCAGCCUCGCCGCAACUCAAAGUCGAGUAUGCCCAUGCCAGGACAAAAACAAUUUCUUCAAACGGCGGGUAGACACGAAGAGGUUUUAACGGAUGUCGAAGGCAUAGAUGAUUCGGCUGCUGAAGAUAGCUUUGACAACGAGGAGGAAGACGAGCAGCCCAUACCCCGCGCCAUCAUUUUGGCAUCCGGAGAUGACGGAACAUGUGUGACCGACGUGGAGGACAUGUUUUGUGAGGACUCGUCCUUAACCAACAGCGUACCAGAAGUGAAGACUGUUUCCCACGAAGCCCUGCCGCUGCCACAUCGUGAGGUGGUGGAGCUUAAAGAGGACAAGUACGGCGACACUAUUACCAACGUGAUGCCAAUGGAUAAAAACUAUGAGUUCGGCAUCUACAAUCACCUAAAGGACACCAUCGCCACCGAUUCUGAGGACUAUUCGUGCGCUGAUGAAUGGAGCCUGCAACACUCUCUGGCCGAUGAGGCCGCGGUGGGCGGAAGUCUGAUUGAAAACGAAGUUAUCGUGUCCAACGAAUUGCUGAAGCAGCAGCAAAAUAAACGCUUGGAAGUCCAGUCAAAUGCAGAGUCCGUCACAGAUGUGGAGGAGAUCUUUGUGGCCGGUACCAAUCGGCGCAAGAAGUUGAAGGCUCGCACCCCCAGCAAAGGCAAGAACAAGUUACUUGACAUCACCAAAGGUAAGGAGGAUGGAGUGACCGAUGUCGAGGACAUGGAUUUGAGCGAAUGUGGUCUGCCGCCAGGAGUCAAGAGAGUGGAGCAACUAAAGCAACAGGCCAAGGAGAAAGUCUCCGAUGCCGAGGAUGCGUCCACCGACGAUGUUUCUGAUAUGUCCGAGGCUUCCGAUGCCUUGCCGCCGCCAACGUGCGAUAAGUCUAGCACCAAGAUCAAGCUACCACCGCUUCACUUGCGAUUGCUCAAGGAGGACAUUGUCAAUCAACAGCAUACCGAUGUGGAAGACGUUCAGUGUCCUUCUGAGGCGGAGGAUGCCCUGGAACCGCCGGCAGUGCCGGUGGCCAACAGCAAUAGCAAGGAGCUAAACGACAUGCUGAACGAGAGCUAUACGGUGGUGCAUGAGAGGAGUGGCCGGAUCUUCAACACCGAGGCCGAGAAGCUACACAUAAAAGGCAUGAUUAGAGAUGCCCAUACCGACGUUGAGUAUGUUGAGUCCGACGAGUCAGCCGCUAGGGGAGGCAACUAGUCUUCUUUCCGUGUUCUGAUCCAUUCCGAUUCGAAUCGGUUCCCAGCUGUUGCCAAACGAAAUCUCAACAAUAGUUCUUAAGUGUUCAUAGAUACGAUAACCCAACACACACACUCAAGCAUUUUAAACCCUUCAAGAGAAACAUAUUGAACAACCCAUACUGGAUACCGCAAAGAUCUCAACCGAAAUCG